AUGGCUAAUAAUGGUAAUGGAAGUGAGUCAUCAGUUAGUGGCACUGAAUCGAUGGUGGAAAGAGUAAUGGAAAGAGCGAUUACUAGCUUCCUACAAGCCUUGCAAACUAACAUCAACAAUGGGACGCCAGAACGGCGAGAAGGGCCGGUUACCAUAAAACAGUUCCAAGAUCUGAAACCCACCACAUUUACCGGCAGCCCAAACCCAAUGGUAGCAGACGCUUGGGUUAAAGACAUGGAAGAGAUUUUUCGUGCCCUACCCUGCACCGAGAGACAAAAUGUAACUUUCGCCACUUUCGCUUUCAAAGACAAUACACAGGAAUGGUGGCUUCUCACUUUGGUCAAAGAAGAAAUUACGACUUGGGCAAGAUUCUUGGAAAGCAAGUUCACACAACUCGCUCAGUUUGCAACAUACGUCAUCCCCACUGCAACUCGAAAAGCAAGAAAAUUUGAAACAGGAUUGGAUGCUGGAAUUAAAGACAGGCUUGAAGUCUUGAAAUUGCCAACCUAUGCAGAAGUGGUGGACCGGGUGUACAUAGUAGAAAAGGAAAUUAAAGCCUCACAUUCCGAAGAACCAAGCUUCAAGAAGCGAUUCUGGGAAAGGGAUAACAGAAACUCGAUGUUGCACCUCAUAAAAAGGUGA